AUUCGUUGAACCCUCCAACACCUCCCUCCUCAUCGUCAAAGAGGGAAAAAUGCAUCAGAAACUGAGAGAAACCUUGCAAGAAAUCGAAGACGAUGAUAUCCUGAAGCAACUCAUCGGAUGGUUUCAGGAUAUCGUCGACGGAACCAUCGGCCAAGAAUUGGAAACCCGAUCUCUCCAAGGACUGCGCAUCACACAUGCUAGGAAAGGAUUUUUACGAUCCGAGUUCGCCGUACCCAGUCUCGCCGCUGAUGUUGAAGGGAAUUGGCAUGGAGGAGCUAUUGCGAUCUUGAUGGAUGCCGUGGGAGCGGUUGCUGUUUAUUCAGCUUUCCAUCAUGUCGUCAAAUCAGUUGAUUUCAGCAUUUCGCAUUACUCGACGGCUAAGAUUCAGGAUGAGGUAGUGGUGGAAGCGAAGGUUGUGGGAAAUCACGGCAAGGUUGUACAGGUGAUGAUGGAGGCUCGAAUGAAAGGAAAUGGUGAGCUAAUUGCUUUGGGAAAAAUGUGGGUGGCUUUGAAUAAUUUCGCCAUCACUACUGCCAGUAAGCUUUGAGAAUCCACCCUUAAUAUUUAUGUUUCUUUACAUCUACC